UCUCUCAUAUUCUCUCUUUCUUCCUCCUUCUCUUUCUCUCUCUGUGUUGAAUGCUGAUUUAGCCCCGAAAUUCUUGUUCACCCUUCCAUUCAAACAAACACAGAGAUUCGUAAAAUUCAAAAAUUAUUAUGAAUUAACAAAAAAAAACAAUUUUCAUAAAAUUAAAAAAUCACCCAAUUACUCAUUCUUCUAAACGGAUAAGACUCUCUUAAUCCACUCCAAGAUUCAAGGGAUUUUUUUUUAAUUUUUUUUUUUUGGUGGUGGAGGGGAAGCCGGUGAGAUGAGUACUUAUCUACGGGAGUUGGAAGGAAAGUUAUCAAAUGACCCAUUUUUUACAGAGAAGAUGAACGGCGGCGGAGGAGUUGACGGCAACGUUGGGAUGAGGCGUGUGUGGAUUCCGGGACCUGUUAUAGUUGGUGCAGGACCCUCAGGAUUAGCUGCGGCGGCGUGUUUGAAACAAAGAGGAGUACCGAGUGUUAUACUUGAGAGAUCCAACUGUAUUGGGUCGUUGUGGCAGUUGAAGACUUAUGAUCGUCUAAGGUUACAUCUACCGAAGCAAUUUUGUGAGCUGCCGUUUAUGGGUUUUCCGGUGGAAUUUCCGACGUAUCCUUCUAAGCAACAAUUCGUGAAGUAUUUGGAGGAUUACGCUGAGAGAUUUGAUAUACGGCCGAGAUUUAACGAGACGGUUAUAGAAGCAGAGUAUGAUCGUACCCUCGGGUUUUGGCGCGUGAAAAGCAAACGCGGUCGUUCUGAGGAAACAGAGUAUGUUUCACGGUGGUUGAUCGUAGCUACAGGAGAAAAUGCGGAGGCGGUGGUGCCGGAGCUUGACGGAAUGGAUGUUUUUGGUGGUUCAAUAACACAUACAAGUUUAUAUAGAAGCGGUGAAGAAUUUCGUGGCAAGAAAGUUUUGGUUGUUGGCUGUGGAAACUCAGGCAUGGAAGUCUGUUUGGAUCUUUGUGAACAUAGUGCUACUACUUACCUCGUCGUCAGAGAUACAGUUCACGUACUACCACGAGAGAUGCUGGGCAGAUCGACUUUCGGAUUGUCCAUGUGGUUGCUAAAGUGGUUUCCCAUACGUCUUGUCGAUGCGUUCUUGCUAAUGGUGUCGAGGUUCAUACUUGGGGACACUGCAAGAUUCGGAUUGGACCGGCCCAUUAUGGGCCCACUUCGUCUCAAAAACUCGUGUGGAAAGACCCCUGUCUUGGAUGUUGGUACUCUUGCCAAAAUCAGAAGUGGACAUAUUAAGGUACGCCCUAGCAUCAAACGGCUGAAACGUCAAGCAGUGGAGUUUGUUGAUGGAAAAACAGAAAGAUUUGAUUCCAUUAUAUUGGCAACUGGUUAUAGAAGCAAUGUGCCCUCUUGGCUAAAGGAGGGCGAAAUGUUUGGGAAAGAAGAUGGGAUGCCAAGGAUGCCAUUUCCAAAAGGAUGGAAAGGAGAAAGUGGGCUAUAUGCAGUGGGAUUCACAAAGCGUGGAUUACUCGGCACAUCAAUGGAUGCCAAAAGAAUCGCCGAGGACAUCGAACGGUGUUGGAAAGCCGAUGCCAAGCUUUGUACUCCCACCAUGCAAUCUCCACCGUCCACGUAGACGAUUCAGACUCUGAGUCUACUCCUUGCAAAACCAAAAAAAUGAAAAAAAAUCCCAAAAAAGUUCAAAAAAUCGCAGCUCCAUUCAAACGCGCAUUCAAGAAGCAUCGCCCCCUCCUUCUUCUUCAAUGAAUGGGAACCUGCUGGGUUUUCGGAGAGAAAAAGAAAGGAAAAAAAAAAAUAGAAAAACGAAAUUAACAGAGAGGAAAUUACUAUUUCGGCCCUCUGGAAGAAGGAAGAAACAGAAGAUUUUUUUUCCUCAUGAAGGGCACAAAUAUUUUUUAACAAUUUUUUUUCUCUGGCUAGAGAGAGAGAGAAAGGGGUAUUUUAGUAAAGUGAUUUCAAGAAGGAGGAGCUUUGGGAUUGGUUUUGUGCCCGCCAAUAAUGUGACUGACUCUUAAUAACAGCUAGAUGCUUCGAAAAAAUGAAAAAAUCGAAAAGAAAUUUCUUUUUAUUUCUUUUAACUACUUAUUCCAUUCAAGAUUAAUUGUUGUUGAGUGACAAUCUUAUGAUUGUGUUUUUUCAUUUCCUUUGGUUCUUUUGACAUUUUGUACAUGUUUUAAUUAGGGUUUUUGGGGGUGAGCUAUAGCUCGUAAAUCCCUCUUUUCUUCAUUUUGAAUUUAGUUUUUUUUUUCUUUUUUUCCUUUUUCCAUUUAUUCUUCAAUUUGAACGUUCUUUUCUUUGAGAUAUUGGCCUAGCUGUGCAGUGAAGCACUGUUUUUGUGCAUUUUAAAUAAAAUUCUAGGUUGAUAUA